AUGUUUUCGACGAAGAAAAGUUUGGACAAGAUCCUGCAGAUCUACAAGAAGGAGAUUCGUCGGCAAAUCAGCAAGACGACCAGCGUAACCAACUCUGAUGCCAUGGUUCCGAGGCUAGACCAGCCAUCGUCCAAGCCAGCUCAGAACGACGAAACUGGUCUACCUAAGAAGCUUUUGAAAUUGCAAAAAUAUCACAGAUACCUGUCGACCCUGACAACCCAGGAAAUGCCGAUGGCUACCCGAGGACUGGCCGUGUCGAAGGACCAGUCCCGGGAGUUCAUGGCUUGCUUCCCGGACAUCGUGCGGGACCUCACUGAGACUGGCAAGCACAUUGAUGUGCCAGAAGCCAGCAAGUGGUUGGCUAAGCUGUUGCAAUACAAUGUGCCGAACGGUAAAAAGAAUCGAGGUUUAGCGACGGUGCUGGCUUACAAAAUGCUUGAGAAGAAAGAAAACUUGACGCCAGAGAACAUUCACCUUGCUAAUAUGAUGGGAUGGUGCGUCGAAAUGUUCCACACCCACCAAUUACUGCUGAGUGAUAUCAUGGAGGGCACGGAGAUGCGUCGUGGGGCGCCCUGCUGGUACAAACAUCCCGAAGUCGGCCUCACUGGGAUCAACGACGCCUCCCUAGUCCAGGCCGCCAUGUUUUCUACGAUCAAACGUCAUUUCCACAGCAAACUGUACUACAAAACUGUCCUUGAGACAUUUAAUGAGAUGCUGAUAAAAUGUUCGAUCGGCAACUUCUUAGAAUUCCAAAUGAACAAAACGGAUAAGCCGGACCUUACCCAGUUCACCAUGGAGAAAUACGAAGCCAUCACUAAGUACAAGACUUCAUACCACACAUUCCAAAUGCCAGUCACUUUGGCUCUGCUUAUGGCUGGAGUAGAGGACCCUGAAACGCAUAGACAAGCAAAAAGUAUCCUGCUAGAGAUGGGCGAAUUUUUCCAAAUUCAAGAUGACUUCUUAGAUUGCUUCGGCGAUCCAGCUGUCACGGGCAAGGUUGGAACUGAUAUCCAAGAUGGCAAAUGUACCUGGUUAGCAGUCGUUGCUUUGCAAAGGGCAACACCAAAACAGAGGCAAUUUAUGGAAGAAAAUUACGGCAGCUCCGACCCAGAAGCAGUUGCUAAGAUCAAGCAAUUGUAUGAGGAGCUUCAACUUCCACACACCUACUCAGUCUUUGAAGAAGCUACCUACGAUCUCCUUAGGACACAAAUCCAACAAGUCACCAGGGGCUUGCCCCACGAACUAUUCUUUAAAAUCUUAGAUAAUAUCUUCAGGCGAAGCGUUUAA